AUGCUAAUGAAAGUUAUGAAUGCUUAAAGCAACUCUCAUUCAUUGAUCGAAAGAUUACGUGCACAAAUCAUUAACUUGUCUCAAAAUUACUCAAACCUUCAUGACAGGAUUCUUGAGUCGAGACAAGAACUCAACCAUCACCAGUCAUCACUCUCCAACUUUGAUGAAUCUCCUAACAAUAAAAAUAAAUCUGUCUCUUCAAUGUCGUCAUCUCUGGAAUCAUUCUCAUACCAAGAGGAUGCUUUGCAGCUAAAACACUUAUGUGAUAAUUUUAGUAGAUGCAGAAAGCACGAAGUCUGCUAAAACUUUCACCUUAUAGUGAAGGAAUAUAGAUCGAUCGAAGACUAGUUCAAUCGCGUCUUCGAUGCCUAUGAAAAUAUUCAAGACAAAUCCUAAAUUUGCGUUAUACAGGUUCUAAUUGAAAAGUUAUAUGAACAAAAACUUUAAUUAGAAGAGUACUUUAGCUGA